AUCGCUCCGACAUUCAUUUGAUCACAGCUUUGUCGUUCACGACGGAGGGGAGCCGCGCGAGCAUUGAAGCCUCCAGGCCUCCAAGGAUGGACUCCAUACCAGCGGGGCGAGACUCCAGCUCCUCGCCAAGCUCCAAACAAGAACUUUCCUACCCGAGCACAACCAACCUGAAGCCCAACCAGGUCGGAGAGACGGUGCUGUACGGAAUACCCAUCGUGUCGUUGGUGAUAGAUGGCCAGGAGAGACUUUGCCUUGCACAGAUAUCUAACACCUUGUUGAAGAAUUACAGCUACAACGAGAUACACAACCGGCGUGUGGCGCUGGGAAUCACCUGCGUCCAGUGUACCCCUGUCCAGCUGGAGAUCCUGCGGAGAGCCGGGGCGAUGCCAAUCUCCUCCAGGCGCUGCGGGAUGAUCACUAAACGCGAGGCCGAGAGACUUUGUAAGUCGUUUCUAGGAGCUCAUUCGCCUCCUAAACUUCCAGAAAAUUUUGCCUUUGACGUGUCCCACGAGUGCGCCUGGGGGAGUCGAGGCAGCUUCAUCCCGGCCAGAUACAACAGCUCCAGGGCCAAGUGCAUCAAGUGCUCCUAUUGCAACAUGUAUUUCUCUCCAAAUAAAUUCAUAUUUCACUCUCAUCGCACGCCGGAGUCCAAGUACACGCAGCCGGAUGCAGCAAAUUUUAAUUCUUGGAGGCGGCAUCUGAAAUUAACAGAUAAAAACAGCCAGACUGAGAUAUUACACGCUUGGGAAGAUGUGAAGGCCAUGUUCAACGGGGGCAGUCGUAAGAGGACGCUGCCAGGCAGUGGGUCAGACUCCAGCUCCCCAUUAAAAUCACAAGGACCCAUCCGUCCCCGAGACUCACCCGAGAUACCUGCAAAAAUCCUCAGCUGCGAGGACAACCGCGGCGGCAUGACGAGCACUCGCAGCUACCCGGUCAUCCCGGUGCCCAGUAAAGGCUUUGGGAUGCUGCAAAAGAUCCCACCGCCGCUCUUCCCACAUCCUUACGGGUUCCCAGCUUUCGGCCUGUGCCAGAAGAAAGAAGACAGUAUAAUGGGGGAGCAAAGCAAGGCGGGCCUCCCAGGUGUCCUGUGGCCUGGUACCAAGGACAGCGCCUAUCACUCCUUCCCCAUGUUCUGGCCCGCGGCGGGCGCGCUGCCCAUGCCGCCGUACCCCCAGACUCAGCACAAGCCCACACCAGAGCUGCUGUGUCCUCCCAGACAGACUGACAUGGACAUAUCCGAGCACAGUGACCGGAGCACCAACACGUCCAAAGACAGCAUGGUUGAAAACGACCGGUGCUCCAGCACACAGUCCGCCCGUAAUGAGGACGACAAGUCGGGGGACGAGGCGAGGCCGUUGGAGGGGAUGACGCUCGUGCCCCGGAAAAUCAGCUACGUCUCCGCGUUCAGACCCGUUAUUAAAGACGCUGACUGUAUCGCCAAGCUGUACGGCAACAGGAGCGCUUACAACGGGUGUCGCACCGGCUAUUUAUCGCCCGAUUUUUUAAGUGAGAGCUCAAGCUACCGGUCCAUGUCCCCCUGCGUGGACAGUGAGGGCGAGCCGGACGUGGAUGUGGAGACAAACAAAACUCCUGAUGAGGAAGAGGAGGACUCCCGGCCUCUGUCCUCGGUGUGUCCUCGGACUCCUCCCGGCUUGGCUCACAGUGUUUCACCAAACGAUUCAGACUCUAAGGGCAUGCAGGAGAGCAGUGUGGUUGACUCCCAGAAAAUGAGCCUGCACGUGGCCCAGUCCUCAGAAAGAGAACUGCACAGCAAGCAGUUAUCAGAGCCCCACAUAGCCGCGUCCUUUACUGAAGUUUACACACCGGAGAGGGGUGAGCUGCAACAAAGGAGCAGUCCCUAUCAGUUCAGACCUACGAAUUACCAGACUGGAGUACUCACAACAAAUGAUGAGAGUGCGAGUAAAGAGGAGCCGUCUUCCACAGUGGAGGAGAUCGAAACGAAAUCUUUUAAUGAACAAAGCAGCGAGGAGAACCAGCGAGAGCCGGACGAAGGCGAGGACGCGCCAGCCAGAGCUCUACCAUCACAAAGAAACAUAGAAACUCUGGCAAAAGAGGAACUACAGAAGCAGCUGUUAGAGCAAGUUGAGCUGAGGAAAAAGCUGGAACGAGAAUUUCAGAACUUGAAAGGUAAGCUAAAUUCUGCCACAUUUGAUAAUUUUCAAGAUCAAAUGAAAAGGGAACUUUCGUACAGGGAGGAGAUGGUCCAGCAGCUUCACAUCGUCAGAGAAGCUCACGACGCUUUACACCAUUUCUCCUGUAAGAUGUUGACUCCUCGUCACUGCACCGGGUCCUGCUCCUUCAAAUCUCCUCUUCUACCACCUUGAACCAGAUCACUCCACAUUUCAAUGACAGAGAAACACGGGACAUAUCCACAGCUUCUGUCAAACAGCAAAACAUGGA